AUGUCCGGAGCACGCCCAUUCCCUCGAAAGACUGUCGCCGCCGUUAUUGUGGUUGGUGUGAUUGGACUAUGUGCUGCUCGAAGAGCCUCAUUCCGCAAUGAAGGAUUUGCAGAGUCCCCAAAGCCCUGUGGAGGUCCUGGAGGUCAUGGUGGCCCAGGUGGGCGCGGUGGACCUGGUUUCGGCUCUGGGGGAAGAAUGGGCUUUCACACUCUACGCCUAGAAAGUUCCCAGCAAGUGAACGACAACACCAAACGUCUGCGCUUCCAAUUACCAGACCCAGCCUCGAACGCGGGUCUCUGCUUGGCCUCAUUCAUUCUCACGUUCCAUAAGCCACAAGACGCCUGGUUUCCCGUAAUUAGGCCCUAUACCCCAAUUAACAAUUUCGAUGAGCCAGGGUACAUUGAGCUCCUGGUCAAGAAAUAUCCCAAUGGCAGAGCAAGCGGAUAUCUGCACUCUCUCCAACCUGGUGAUACACUGAAAAUUCGAGGACCUAUGCCGGGUUACAGAUGGAAAACAAAUGAAUUCGAGCACGUCAACCUCAUCGCUGGCGGUGCCGGCAUUACUCCUAUGUAUCAGCUAAUCCAAGGAAUGCUGAACAACCCCGAGGACAAAAGCAAGAUCAAACUGAUUUUCGGUGUCAACACCGACAAGGAUCUUAUCAUGAAGAAAGAACUCGAUGCGUUAGAACAGAAGUUCUCCGAUCGUCUUAAGAUUGUAUAUACAGUCUCAGACCCGGUUAAGGGUUCCCCGUUUAUUAAGGGCAGGAUCACCAAGGAGUUACUAGAAAAGGAAUUACUAGGCCCGAAAGAUAGCAAGGCUACCAAGAUCUUUCUAUGUGGGCCUCCCGCUAUGGAGGUGUCAAUUUUUGGAAGUAAAGGUUGGACUUCGAGCAAGAAGGGAGUCCUCGAGGAACUUGGUUAUGCCGCAGACCGGAUUCACAAGCUUUGA